AUGGCAAAUCAAACAAUAUUUAAUCAUGAAAACGAAGAAAAUUCUCGUGUUCAAGUGUUAUUUUCCGGUGCUGAUGAAGAAGAUCAUUCAAUAUCAUUAACAUCUAAAUGUUCAACUGAUGAUGAACCGAUGGAAAAUCUAAACGAAGUUGAAAACUUUGAUGAUAAAAAACUUAAUUUAUUAUAUGAUAAUUGGUUAGCACUUGAUGCAGAAUUACGUACAUUUGAAGCAAAACAUAAAGACUAUGUUAGAAAAUUAGAUGAAGUAGAAUUACUGAAAACAAAAUAUAAAGAUCAAUUUGAUAAAUACAAGAAACGAAUUACUCAAUUACAAAAAGAUGUUGCUCGAUUACAAAAAUCACAUGCGAAAAAAGAGGGAGAAACAAAGCAAACCACUCCAAAGUCAAACCUGAUAAAUUUGAAGAAUUCUCAAUUUACAACGAAUCUCGUAAAGAAUAAAAAUUCCUUACUUGCAGUUAGAUCAUUAUCUCAUCAAUCUGAACUAUCAUCUGCUAAUUCAUCUCCAACAUUAGAUAGCUUAGGUGAUACAUUAUCAUAUGCUGAACGUUUGAAUCUCGUAUCUGAUCGAUUGGAUAAAAAUACGUUAUAUCUAUCAAGAAUCUCUAAUACAUUACCACGUAAAGAUUCAUAUUUAAAAAUAAUUCUUGGCGGUGUUGAUGUAUCAAUAUUAAAUAAUGCUGAAAAAUGGAUAUACAAAGAAGAAUAUGAAAAAUUUAAAUUUAUUAUUACUUGUAUCUCAUUAGUAUCUUCACUUGGUAUUUGGUCAUUAACAUCACGUUAUCGUACAUUUGAUGCUUUAUUUCAUUUUUUACUUGUUUGGUAUUAUUGUACAUUGACAAUACGUGAAUCAAUUUUAGUUGUCAAUGGAUCACAUAUUCAUCCUUGGUGGAGAACUCAUCAUUUUAUAACAACAGUAGCUACAGGUAUUUUAUUAACAUGGCCUGAAUCUGCUUCCUAUCAUGCGUUUCGUUCACAAUUUUUUAUCUUUUCAUUUUAUCUUAGUUGUGUUCAAGUUCUUCAAUUUUAUUAUCAACGUGGUUGUCUCUAUCGACUUCGAGCUUUAGGUGAAACUCAUGAUAUGGAUAUAACUAUUGAAGGAUUCCAUCGUUGGAUGUUUCGUGGCUUAUCAUUCUUGGUUCCAUUUCUUCUUCUUGGUUAUUUAUUUGAAUUAUAUAAUGGAUAUACAUUAUGGCAAUUAGCACAUGUACCAAGUACUCAUGAAUGGCAAGUAUUUGUAUUAUCAAUAAUAUUUUUUAUAUUAUUUUUGGGGAAUGUUUUAACAACAUUAAGUGUUUUACGUGAAAAAUUCCGUGAAAAAGCUCGACCAAUAUUAUUAAAACAAAAAUAUCAAAGUUUUAAAACAUUCCUAUCAACAAAUUAUCAUAGAUCAAGAUCAUUUAAUCAAUUAUUUUCUCCAAAAGCAAAAAUUCACCAACGAUGA